GCCGCCAUGUGACCCAGAAGCAGAAGAAGCCUCUCGCUGUCCGGAGAUAGAAGCACUGACAGUAAAAGUACCAACUAUUAUUAUUAUAUUAUUAAUUUAUAACACUACCGACAUCUAAAACAACCAGUUUGACCUCUGCAGCCUUUGUUUUUACCGACUUUAAAAACCAAACAGCUGUUAAAUAAUCCUCGGGGUUAGCAUUGUGUCUGCGACCCUCCAGCCGGCCGGGGGCUUCAUGUUUAACCACCUAUCCGCUGCUCUCACACUCUUCCCCCGCCGCCUCCUCUCCUCCUCCCCGCGGACUCUCCCCGGAGCCCGCCGCCUCCUCCGCGGGAUGCAGCCGGCCGCGGUGCGCUGCCUCCCCGGGGAGCCCAAACUCACCAUCUCCUUCCGCCUGGACGGAAGCCUGAAGCAGAUGCUGCGGGACCAGGACGAGGCUCUGGGCUCGGUUCUGACCCGGAUCGCACACAGCACCGCCAAGGGUCGAGGGAAGGCGAAGAAGGGCAGGAAGAACAAGGGGCAGCCGGCGGAGGAGGCCCCGGAGCCCGCCGUGGUGAAGCUGCUGUACGGCGGGGACGAGGUGGACCACACGGUGCUGAACGCGGAGGCCUGGCAGGACGGUUCGGUUCUGCAGGUCGGGGACGUUCAGUACUCGGUGCAGAGGAACCCGCCGACUCUCACCACCGCAGAGCUCCCGGUGUCGGUGCUGGCCGGGUUCCCCGUCUGCCCCACUCUGGAGGUGGAGUUCGGGAACCUGCAGGACUCCGAGUUCAUCUGGUUUAAAGAAGAUGUUUCCAAUAGGAGCUGCUCUGAAGCUACCGGAGCAGUUCCAGGUCAGGAGGCCAGUUGGACGCAGAUAGGCAGCGGGAGAGUCUACGUCCCGUCCAACCAGGACAUCGGCUACAGGCUCAAACUGCGCUGCACGCCCAGAGACGGAGGACGCAGCGGCUCGGCCAAGGAGCUGAUCUCUGUGGGCGCCGUGGAGGCCGGACCGGGCGUGUGCACGUUCGACAACCGACACGCGUACACGGUCAAAGAGGCGGAGUGGCCGUCUGUGAGGGUGGUGUCCUACAACAUCCUCGCUGAUAUCUACGCCCAGACCGAACUGUCCAAGAAUGUGCUCUACCCGUACUGCGCGCCCUACGCCCUGCAGCUGGACUACAGGCAGAACCUGAUCAAGAAGGAGCUGGCCGGGUACAACGCUGACAUCGUCUGUCUGCAGGAGGUCGACAAAGGGGUGUUCACAGACAGUCUGACUCCAGCUCUGGACGCCUUCGGUCUGGACGGUGUUUUCAGGGUGAAAGAGAAGCAGCACGAAGGACUCGCCACUUUCUACCGCAGGUCAAAGUUUCAGCUGCUGAGCCGCCAUGACAUCAUGCUGAGUGAGGCGUUGACCUCUGACCCCAUCCAUUCUGCGCUGCUGGAGAAGGUUUCUGCUAACAGCGCUCUGAAGGACAAGAUACUGCUGAGGUCCACCGCUCUGCAGGUCAGUGUGCUGGAGGACCUGAAUAAACCAGGCAGGAAGGUGUGUGUGGCCAACACUCACCUGUACUGGCACCCGAAAGGAGGGAACGUUCGCUUGGUCCAGAUGGGCGUGGCUCUGCAGCACCUGAGUCACGUGAUCAACGAGGUCGCACCUGGAGCUCCUCUGGUCUUUUGUGGUGACUUCAACUCCACCCCGAACUCAG